GGCCAGUGGGUGCUGUGGGAGGUGGAGGACACGGACAGCGCCGCUGCCGUACCGAGGCGGCGGCGACGGGGGACAAGGGACAGCGGCAGCGCUGCUGCCGUACCGAGGCGGCGGCGGUUGCAGCAGCCACUCCCGAUGCUGCGGUGGCUCAUCGGCGGCGGCCGGGAGCCGCAGGGCCUGGCGGAGAAAUCAUCUGUACAGACAAUUGGUGAAGAACAAAUACAGAAUCCUUACACGGAGCUCCUUGUAUUGAAAGGUCAUCAAGACAUAGUACGAUUUCUUGUGCAAAUAGAUGAUAGCAGGUUUGCAUCUGCAGGAGAUGAUGGCAUUAUAUUUCUGUGGAAUGCUCAGACUGGAGAAAAACUUUUUGAACUUCAUGGGCACACACACAAAAUUACAGCUAUAGCACCAUUUCCUUCGUCAGAUUCUUCUGAAGAAAAAAACCCCUUGAUUUUAACAGCAUCAGCUGAUAGAACAGUUAUUGUUUGGGAUUGCAGUAGUGGCAGACAGGUUCAGAAAGUGUCAUGUUUCCAUUCUACUGUCAAGUGUUUGACAGUUCUUCAAAGACUGAAUGUAUGGUUGUCUGGAGGGAGUGAUCUGUGUGUUUGGAACCGAAAAUUAGAUCUCUUGUGUAAGACCAGUCAUCUUACUGAUGCAGGUAUUACUGCUUUGGCUGAAUUGCCUAAAAAUUGUGUUGCGGCAGCUGUUGGCAAAGAGCUAAUAAUUUUUAGGUUGAUUGCUUGUAAUGGUGGGUCUGAGGGUUGGAAUGUCCUUGAAGUAAAACGCCUUGUUGACCAUCAGGAUAACAUUUUGUCACUAGUCAGUGUCAAUGACUUUACUUUUGUGACAGGUUCUCAUGUUGGUGAGUUAAUAGUUUGGGAUGCACUUGACUGGACAAAGCAGGCAUCUGAGUGCAACUUCUGGGACUCCUCUGUUCAUCCAGAUAUACAGCCAGAAAUAAAGUUAUCUCAAAGCCCAAAUGAAACUUCAGUACAACACUUAACAUCUGAUGAGGAGUGUGUGUUUGCUGCUGUUGGGAAAGGCAUAUACGUAUAUAAUCUUCAAAUGAAGCGUGUGAUUGCUUGCCAAAGAACUGCUCAUGACUCUUCUGUACUGCACAUUAAGAAGAUUCCAAACAGGCAGCUGAUCUCCUGUUCAGAAGAUGGCAGUGUGCGCAUUUGGGAGCUCCGAGAAAAGCAGCAGCUGCCAGCUGAAGCAGUUCCAACAGGGUUUUUCAACAUGUGGGGAUUUGGAAGGGCAAACAAGCAAGCAAACCAGGCUGCUAAGAAGAUGCAGGAAAAUACACCUGUAUAUUUCUUGGAUCUGGUUGGUGAUUUGAUUGGUCAUUCAUCAGCUGUGCAGAUGUUCCUGUACUUUGGUGAACUGGGACUGGCUACGUGCUCUGCUGACCACCUCAUCAUUUUGUGGAAGGAUGGUGAACGAGAAUCUAGACUUCGCAGUUUAACACUGUUUCAGAAAUUGGCGCAAAAUGGUGAUUUGCAGCUCAAAUUUUAAAUUGCUUGGGUACAGGCUAUGUAUAUGUAAACUGGGUACGUGUUAAAUGUGAGUGUGAAGGAAAGUUUGAACUACUUGGAAUGACUACCAGUAACUACCAGUAAUAUCAUGUAUUAUAUUAGAAUUAUUGUUAGUUGCUGCUACUCUUCUCAAAGGAGAAUUUUGUAUGUUGAAACUUACUUUGCUUACUCUGUCAGCAGAAAUGGUGUUCUCUUGAAACAUUGAAGAUAAAGAUAGUUUCUAAUAUUAUUCCCAAUGUUUAAAAAUAUCAUGGGCAGAUGUCAAAAUUAAGAUUUGUGAAAGUCCUUAAAUGCAUCAAAAGUAAAGAAGCUGGGGGCUUUCCACAGUGUUAUGUGCAGAAAGCAAGCAUAUUAAAAAACACUGAGUCUUCCUGCUUGAUGUAACAUCUUUCUUGAAGCUAAACUUCAGUCAGUCAUGGCUGAGAUAUGUAUCCAGAGAAAAAAACCCGAAGAAACAGUUCUCAGAUAGAAUUCUUCCAUUUUAAGUGGUUAUCCUGCACUAACGGUAAGUUCAAGAAAGAAAAUUAGGCAAUACUGGUUUGUCAAGUUUUAAUUUUAUGACAAAGCUACUCCUAAACUUGAAGUAGCUGCCAUUUUACUGCAGGUUAACCUACACUGCUGGAUUUUAUACAGCACCAUCAUCAUGUUUAGCAUGAAAUCUGAUUGGCUUAGCUUAGUCUUUCCACAAAACAUUCAUCAAAUUAAUUUGUAUGUAAUAAAAAGCACUGGCGUUACCAUGGAUUUUCAGGAUGUAAAAUACUUUCUUAAGCAGUAGCAGUUGCUGUGUUCAGUAUUAGCAGAGCAUUUCUGCCAGAUGAAUAUUAAAUUUUCAGCUGAAGUUUGCAGAGAAAUCUGCACCAAGUUUGUAAGUAUAAGUAAUAUUUUAGAGUUUAAAAAUAAAAAGCCUCUAAGUAAGUACACAAUGCCUUUUUCAAGUCUGAGAUAGCAUUAGUAAUCUGAAAAAUAAACAGGAAUGGGAAGAAAAAUUCCAAACUAAAGAACCCCAAACCAAAGCAACAAAAAACCAGAAGAACAAAAAAAGCCCCCAAAAUUGAUAGAAAGAAAGUGUGAGUGAGGAUGAUAUAAUGAGUGGUAAGUUACUAUUUGAUCUAGGGAAGGGGGGAAUUGGGGAACUUAGUUGUCAUAAAGCCAUGAGAAGAGGGUGCUUGGGUCUACUCAGAAGAUCUUAGAAGUAAGUUGCUUGCAGUGUAUCAGUUGAAAACAUGAUAACCUUAUGUUCCCAACAGUGAGAACCAUGAGAACAACUAUUUCAUUUUUAUGUGAUUGCUUUUAAGUGAAUAUCUGGUAGGGAAACAGAGCUAUUUAACUGAACAAGUCUAGUAAAAAAAACUCGCUCUGUAUUUUACAGUGGUGUAAUUCAGCCUUAAAAGGUCCUACAUGCACGUAUAAAUAUUUCUAUCAGAAGUGCCAUUGUUCUCAGAUAAUGCUCCAUUGGUAAUAGAGCUCCAGAGGUCUUUUCCUUUAAAAAUGGUUAAGUUGAAAGUAGUACAUUCAGUUCUUUCUUUUACAGGUGAACUUUGAGCAUAGCAGUAAAGCUAUAGUAGCUCACUCCUCUUACAUAAAAGUUUGUCAGUUGCUGUUGGAAAGUCUAGUGAGCAGAAUUUGGGUAACCAGAUUAGAAAUUUUACUUCCACUUUGUCCUUUUAAGUGUCUUUUUCCACAUCUCAGCAAUGCAGAAUUCCAUGUUCACCUCAUGGAGUUAACCAGCAGACCUACUCUUAAUACUUCUGUAACUCUGAGGCAGCUGUUGAUCAACUGGACAGGUCAGAGUCUAAGAUCUGUCAGAUCUGACACAACUGGCAGAUGACAGUUAUUCUGUACUGAUUUCUUUUUCUCUUAAAAAGAACAUACUGCCACACAGACUAUAUUUUUUACUUAGGUCUCUGGCUGUGGGAAGAAACACGGGUUCUUGCAACAAAUAUACUGAUUACACAUCAAUGCCUUAAUCUGUGAACCAGAACUGAGGCUGAAUUUUAUUUCUUAGGUUCCUUCCACCAUUGCCAUUUUCUUCCCUGUGACAGAAUUGUGACAAAAAUAAUGAAUGUUUUACAUGGGUGUGGUUUUACAGUGUUGCUGUAUUUAACAAAUUAAGAUAACAAAGCUUUAGAUCUUCUGAAAUCUUUUCCUCUAAUUCAAGUUGCAGUGAGCGUUUAGUAAUCAGAAUACUUAUGAUACAACCACCGAGAACACUAGUUCUAGACAAAGGAAUAGUAAAAGCAAACAGUUUACAAUAUAAAAAACCAGAUUUAACUUAUGUGACUAAAAAUUCAUUGAAGAAUGUUGCAAUAGAUAAGAAAGAAUGAAUAAACAUACUUCACCAGAAACACCAUUCUUCAGAUACACACAAUGCAGCAUUUUAAUACACAGCAACCUGCCUUAGCUAUGACAAAAGUAAGGGUCUGUUACAAUUCUAACAAAAAUAUAGCUUAUAUACAUUUAUCUGCACUUACAUUUUAUGAAUGUUUCCUUUUGUUUCAGAACUUGGUACAAAACAUACAAAAAAGGUUGGCACAUUAUGUAAGCUACCUGUAGCAGACAGCAGUCAUUGUCACUUUUCUUCCACAGCAGUCUCAACUCUGUGUUUGGUUUUGUUGUUUUUUUUUUUCACCUUUACUGAGUUCAAUUCAUGAUACAGCCUAGGAGAGGUAAAGAGUAUGUCUCAAGACCUUUCUGUUUAAGGAGUAGUGGACUGCUUCUUAAACUGCAGCCACAGCUUUGAAGCUCUCGCCUGCAGCCUUGAGUGCACGGUAUUAAAAAUCAGCAGUUCAGCUAGUAUUUAUUAACUGAAUAGUCUGAGAGUAGUCUAAAAUUUGAAGUCAUGUUCUGUGCAGGGUUAAAUGAGAUGUACAAAAAUACACAUUUGUGCUUUGGAAGCAUAAGCAUAAAUUUUGUAUCUUUAAUGAAAAACUGUGUUUGAUUUCUAACUUAUUUACAUAUUUUGAAAUACUUUUUACCUCACAAAACAAACCAACAUUUUACUAUGGGGAAAAAGCAGUACAAAUUAUAAUGCUGUUACAAAUUAUAACCUGGAAACCUCUUUUAAAAAGCAGCAAGUUCAUCCUAGGAUUAAGUAUCAUAGAUGGACUUAUCAUAAAAUUUAGAUCAGUUUAAUAAAAUUGAUGAUGUGUAUAAACACCACUUUAUAGAGAAGGAUGUUGACCAAGUGCCACAAUGGUUUUUGUGUAAAAUUUGAUGAAACAUUUCAUGUUAACAUCUCUAAGAUGGCAGGGAAGCAUGUGGAUAUCACCAGUUUUACAGAGCAUCUUGUUUUCUUUAUUAUGUUACUAAUUCUAAGGGAAUUUGACUGCUACCAAGAUUUUAUAUGGAAAAGAAAGAACAGUAGUGCUCUAAGAGAAAGUCUGUAUAAUAAGAAGUUUGGGUUAAGUGGUGCAGGGUUUGUUUUUUACUGUCCUGUUUAUCAAGGUUUAAUUGUUCUACUGUGCAUGUUCUCUUUUAGACCUAUUCUUCAGCUCUCUAAACUGUAUCAGUAGAAUUGGAGAAGGCUUAUGCUAGAUAAGUGGGAAGUUUACACUUACUUGUCAACUUAUUCUUACUCUACUGAUGGCUAGAUUACCCCUUUGUCUGAGAAACAGUUGUAUGAAGUGUUAGUGAAUACAGUUGUAUCAAUUACAAGAUUUGACAGAUGUAUAUUCAGUAUUAGAAAUCAGCUUCAGAAGUACAUUUUCUGCCACAAAAUGUUAUUUCCAAAGAGCACUUAUUAAUCUGUGGAUUAUGUAGCCUUCUUGAAAACAUUUUUCUUUAGGAUUCAGAGAAGCUUAGAAGUGAGUGAAUAAAAUAUUUCCUUCUUGCCGUAAAGUCUCAAUUUCACUGCAAAGGAAACACCACCCCUCUUGUAUCCAAGUCUGUAAGUGAUUCACAGUGAAACUGGUAGAUCAAGAGGUCUGAUUUUCUUGGCUUAGUGUCAGUUGUUGUUUUCUGAUGGGAGCCUGACACUCUUGCACUUUAAUUCAUCCAGUGUUUUCCAGUGUUUGUAGUUAUUAGCCAAGUGUUGCAUCAAAACAGGCAGAUGUGCAAAUGCUGAAAUGAAUAGGAGGAUCAGUUGUACUGUGUACAGAGCAAGCAGAACAGCCCAACCUAAUCUGAAAUCGUCAUUCUCCUACUUUUUCUUGUUCCUUCAGCUGUAAGCUAAUGCUAAAAGGGGAAAGAUCUUUUCAGUCUGUUUCUUUCACAAGCAACUCCCUUUCUUAAUGUAUGAUGACUUCAUUAAAUUGUGCUAACACACAA